AUGCCGCCGUUUGGAUCCAAUGGUGUAAUGGGACCUGGUAAAGCUUGGGCUUGCCCCUAUGCAAAGCGUCCUGGAAACCAGGACCACGUAUGCCAUCAACGCGCAUUCGACAAGAUAUCAAGACUCAAAGGCCACCUAAAUCGCAAGCCCCAUGCCAUAGAGAACUCCUGUGCAACAUGCUGGACAAGUUUCAAGAAUGAAAUGGAAUGCAAGCUUCACGAACAAGCCAGGGAGUGCACGGCCAAACCACCGCCAACCAAGGACCUCGUGACGCCCGAGCAGAGAGCUCAAUUGUCCAGCAGGGCAUCAAACGAUAGCGACAGCUGGUAUGAGAUAUUUAAAUGUCUUUGCCCUGGCGUCCCUCGGCCCCAUAGUCCUUUUGUCAACGUAGAUCACUCGGCUGAAGUGCGCGCCAUCCAGAAUCAUUUACCCGCGGAAGAGAUGACUUGGGAGGCGGCCAUGCACGACUUGCCACCGAGCUUACAACCCGUCCGACAGAGCAUAGCAGAUUAUUUCAGGGCGCGGCAAGACGAAUUCGUCGCCAUGAUGCUCAGGCCGUGGAAAUCGCCCCAUUUUGAUAAUCCCCAACCACGAAACCGUCGUCUACGAACAAAGCCGACUCCUGCUCGGCAUACCGCUGCAUGCGACCAACCUUUGGCGGAUGUUGGCACCAGCACCACAGUUGCAGCAUCAGCAGGGACGACAGGUGUCAUGCCCACGCCGCUGGAACCUACUUGGGGCAACAACCCUGAAGCCGAGAAUUAUACUCCUGUGACACCAGAACAAACUGCUUUCAACCAAUACAGAGUUGGGCCUCUCGGGGAAGAUACCCCAGUUGAUUCUGUUGUUCAAGAUGAUUAUGAUUUGUUUACGCAAGCUAUCUAUCCGGGUGUCGAUGAUCUGGCAUCAAGGCCCGCCGGAACCGCUUUAGAGCAGUGGUUGCCGUACCAGUAUGAACUCGACCAAGACCUCACAGGAAGUUGCUUCCCACAAGAAGAGCAUCAGAGAUAA